AUGCGGACUCUCCUCAGCUUCGCCCCCGGUGCCGUCAUCCAGGCGGCGCUUUUCGCCGUGCUGCACGGUGCCAAAUGGACAUACAAAGGACCGGAUGGAGAGCAUCACUGGGCCAAGCAUUAUCCUUUCUGUGGUGGGCCUUUCCAGUCCCCGAUAGACAUCAAGACGGAGCUGCUCCGGUUUGACCCCACGCUGCGGCCAAUCGAGGUUCAGAACUACAACGUCACUGCCAGUGAGCAGCUUACUCUUGGAAACAAUGGACACUCUGUGCAAGUGUCCCUGCCUUCAAAGAUGUACAUCUCCAGCCUGCCUCAUCGCUACACGGCGGCCCAGCUCCAUUUCCACUGGGGCUCCUCCAGCAGGCCCACGGGCUCCGAGCACAUGGUGAACAAUAAGCAGUUUGCAGCAGAGAUGCACAUUGUGCACUUCAAUUCCGACAAGUAUGCCAACAUUUCGAUGGCUGUGGACAAAUCUGACGGCCUCGCUGUCUUGGGCGUCCUGAUCGAGGUCGGCGAAUUCAAUCCAGCCUUCGAGCAGUUCCUCAAAUUCAUCAACGGCAUCAAAUACAGGGAUCAGAAGGUGCAGGUGCCAGGGUUCAACAUCCGGCGGCUGCUGCCCGCUCGUUUGGACGAGUAUUAUCGCUACGACGGCUCGCUGACCACCCCGCCGUGCUACCCUAGUGUGCUGUGGACAAUCUUCAGGAACCCCAUUUCAGUCUCCCACAAACAGUUUCUGGCCCUUGCCACUGCCGUCUACUCCUCCCAUGCCCAGGAGUCGGCUCCUGUGCCGCUGAACGCCAACUACAGAAAACCACAGCUCCCCGACAACCGAGUAGUCCUGGUAUCUUUCAAGGAAGGUAAAGGACUGCGCGGUACUCUUACAGUCACAUCGUCGCUCAUGAGGAAGCAAAUCAUUCAGCAGCUUCUGGUUGGUGACCUGGCGGACCUGGCUGACGAAGGGCUCUACCGACUCCUGCCAAGCGGCCCGGAGAGGUCCCACGCCGGCAAAAAGUGGAAGGGCUCCAAGAGCGAGCUUAGCAGGACAGCGGCCAACCCCAAACAGAAGAAGAAGAGCAAGACCAACCACAACGGGGGGAAGUCGAGGCUGAAUGUGGAUAAGCUGAGCUUUGCCACACUGGAGCAGCAGGUCUUCCAUAAGCUCAAGCAGCCCCACAGUGAGAACCAGCUGGUUCAGUCACUCAGAGAGGUGGUUUACCCCGAGCUCAACCUCAGAAGCUACCUGGAGUGUAAGUCCGACCUAGCCCUCCCUACUGUCAGGCAGAUCCUUCGCGGGAGGCCGACCGAUGAAGCUCUCGAGUUGGGUCGCUCUCUGACCAAAGCCUCGAUGGGACAGGCUAAGACCUCCUCAUCAACAAAGCAGGGCGUGCCGGCGAACAAGUACGGAGGUCCCGCCCCAGCUUCUGCGCCCACGAAAUCCCAUCACCAGGGUCAUCCACACCCCUGGCUUCUGCCAAUGGAGUGGGAAGACUAG